CGGCAUCGCAGCUGCCGCCGCUGCUGCUGCUGCGGGGCUGGAGCUCAAUCCGCUCACUAGACCUACAGCGGCAGGAGCAGGAGCAGCGGUGGGACCGGAGAAUGCUCGCUGUCCGGAGAACAUAGAUGUGCAAAAGCUCCCUGGAAUAUCCGAGCGCUGGAGAGGCCAGAAACAACAGCCGUGGAGGACAGCCCUCAUCGACGCUUCAUAAGGGACAGACCUACGGUGAAGCCAUGGCGGUAGAAGAAGAAGGUCUUCGGGUUUUUCAGAGCGUUAAAAUAAAAAUAGGGGAAGCAAAAAACAUCCCUCCAUAUCCGGGACCAAACAGGAUGAGGGACUGUUACUGCACCGUCAACCUGGACCAGGAAGAGGUCUUCAGGACCAAGAUCGUGGAAAAGUCACUUUGUCCUUUCUACGGGGAGGAUUUCUACUGCGAGAUCCCACGCAGCUUCAGGCAUCUCUCCUUCUACAUUUUCGACAGGGACGUAUUCAGGAGGGACUCCAGCAUUGGCAAAGUUGCCGUGAAGAAAGAGGACCUGCAGAAAUACCAUGGGAAAGACACCUGGUUCCAGCUGCAGCCUGUCAGCGCUGACUCAGAAGUGCAGGGAAAAGUGCACCUGGAGCUGCGUCUGAGCGAAGUUAUCACCGACAGCGGCGUGAUCAGCCAUAAACUGGCCACACGGGUGUUGGAGUGCCAAGGCCUUCCGAUUGUCAAUGGACAGUGUGAUCCCUACGCUGCUGUUUCCCUACUCGGUCCUUCGAGGUCAGAGGCCAAGAAGACCAAAGUUAAGAGGAAAACCAACAAUCCCCAGUAUGAGGAAAUUUUCUACUUUGAGGUCACGCGGCCGCUGAGCUACACCAAGAGGCAGUUUGACGUGGAAGAGGAGGACGUCGACAAGUUGGCCCUGAGGGUGGAUCUGUGGAACGCCAGCAACCUGAAGUUCGGGGACGAGUUCCUGGGUGGGGUGCGGGUCCCGCUGCGGGUUUUGGGCCAAGCUGGAGUGCACGAUGCCUGGUACUUUUUGCAACCCCGGGAGAACGGAGGGAAGUCCGUGAAGGUGGAGGACCUGGGCUCUCUGCGUCUGAACAUCGUUUACACCGAGGACCACGUCUUCCCCUCCGAGCACUACUCGCCCCUCAGAGAUCUGCUGCUGCAAUCUGCUAACGCCGAGCCCGUGUCGGCGUCCACUGCCCACAUUCUGGGGGAGGUGUGUCGAGAGAAGCAGGAAGCCGCCAUCCCGCUCGUGCGUCUCUUUCUUCAUUACGGCAAAAUAGUGCCUUUCAUCAGCGCCAUUGCUCAUGCGGAAAUCAACCGCACACAGGAUCCAAACACCAUUUUCCGGGGAAACUCGUUGACUUCUAAGUGCAUUGAUGAGACCAUGAAGCUGGCCGGGAUGCACUAUCUGCAAGUUACGCUCAAACCGAUCAUAGACGAGAUCUGCACAGAACACAAGUCCUGCGAAAUCGACCCCGUCAAGCUGAAGGAGUCGGAGAACCUGGAGACAAACAGGGAAAACCUCCUCCAGUACGUGGACCGCAUCUUCAACGUCAUCACCACCUCCGGCGUCCGCUGUCCCACCGUCAUGUGCGACAUCUUCUUCUCCCUGAGGGAGUCCGCCGCCACCAGGUUUCAAGUUGACCAAGAUGUCCGAUACACGGCCGUGAGCAGCUUCAUCUUCCUGCGUUUCUUCGCGCCCGCCAUCCUCUCGCCCAACCUGUUCCACCUGCGGCCCCAUCACCCCGAUCCGGCCACGUCCAGAACCCUCACCCUCAUCUCCAAGACCAUACAGACUCUGGGAAGUCUAGCCAAGUCUAAAUCUGCCAAUUUCAAGGAGUCCUACAUGGCUGCGUUUUACGACUACUUCAAUGAGCAGAAAUACGCAGAUGCCGUGAAGAACUUUCUGGACCUGAUCUCCACUUCUGGCAAAUGGGACCAGAAGAGCAUUGAGACACCGAUCAUGCUCAAGGAGGGAUUCAUGAUAAAGCGAGCUCAGGGCAGGAACCGCUUCGGAAUGAAGAACUUCAAGAAACGAUGGUUCCGACUCACCAACCACGAGUUCACCUAUCACAAAACAAAAGGAGAGGGCGCUCUAUGCAGCAUUCCUAUAGAGAACAUCUUGGCCGUGGAGAGGCUAGAAGAGGAGUCCUUCAAGAUGAAAAAUAUGUUCCAGGUCAUUCAGCCAGAGCGAGCGCUCUACAUCCAGGCCAACAACUGUGUGGAGGCCCGAGACUGGAUAGACAUCCUGACCAAAGUCAGCCAGUGCAACCGCAAACGUCUGAGCACCUACCACCCUUCAGCCUACCUCAACGGCCACUGGCUCUGCUGCAAGCUGUCCGCAGACACGGCCCCGGGCUGCUCGCCCUGCACCGGCGGCCUACCCGCCAACAUCCAGCUCGACGUAGACGGAGACAGAGAGACUGAGCGGAUCUACUCCCUCUUCAGCACAUACAUGACCAAACUGAUCAAAAUGCAAGAGGCCUGCGGCAGUAAGUCCGUGUACGACGGGCCCGAACAGGAGGAGUACUCUACCUUUGUCAUCGACGACCCGCAGGAGACGUACAAAACCCUGAAGCAGAUCAUUUCGGCUGUGCAGACGUUGGAGCAGCAGCACACCAAGUACAAACGGGACAAGUUCAAGAAGACAAAGAUCGGCAGCCAGGAACAUCCGAUCGGAGACAAGAGCUUUCAGUGCUACAUUCGCCAGCAGUCUGAGAACACCACCUACUCUAUCUAGCAGCAGCUCUGUAUAUUUUUCUCUGUUCUGCCCAGAACCAGCAUAUAUUUUUUUUUUCUUUACUGCGGGAAAACUCGAUUCUAAAGCAGCCCGGUGUCUUUAGUACAGUCGUAAAUCUGUCUCUUUUUUUUUCUUUUUCUAAAUAAGCUAAAAGAAAAAAAAAGGAACAGGUGCAUCCAAGCCAAAUAAUUUUUCAAAGGAAACUCUGAAGCUGGUUUGGCAGCAGAGGUCCUCUGAUUUACUGAUUUGUUCAGUUUUUAUGGAACCCCGCUGCCGGCCCUACAGAGCUGUGUUGAGUAGAUUGGACUCGCAGCGUCUCUGCAAAUUUGGAGAAACUGACCUCAGAUCAGUGGGUAGAGAGGAGGGAUGGAAAAGCUGACCUGUUGCAACCUCGCUGUCAUCCCCCCCGCUGUCCUUUUUUGCUUCGUGGUGCGACGAGAGAACAAAGUGGACCGUUUUGAUGGUGACCGACUCGCACUUUAAUCGCCUCCAGAUCCGUGGACGAACAAGCCUCUCGGCACACAUCUGUCAUCCGUUUGAUUUUUUUUUGUGUCGUUUUAUUUCUUAACGGAUGCUGAAAUGUUUCACCGCAUUUCACCUCCGACAGACCAAACUUAAGAAAGAAGAAAGGACUGAAUAUUUUUCCUGUUUGGGUGAUUUUGUCUCUAUGCACAUGUGUGUUUUUAUUUGUUUCUGUUUUCCUGUUUUGUCCCAGCUUCCCUCUGUUAGGCUGCGAGUGUCACGGGGCGACAAGAAAAGGGUCGAUGGGACCAAGAAAACCUGAACGCAGCUCCAUGUUCGCUGUAAAUUCUAACUCCACGCACAAUUUUAUCCUUCUUCUUAAUCUUUAUCAUCGACAUGGUAAGCCUAGUUAGUUCCGAUUAGCUCUCACACACACGUGCGACUUGUGCAGAGGGCAGCGGAGGAGAGCGUCGGUGUCUUUAGCUGCUUACACAGAGUCUUUGUGUGCUCUGAAAUGGUUGGACUGAAUCCGCUCUAAAACCUCCUUGGAUGUCCAUUAAACCACCAGAUAGCUGGUUUGGUUCUUGUCCACAAAGCUUCGGGCGCUCUAACUCAAAAGACAUGUUGGUCGAAUCGGCUACAAUUGGCAACAAUCCGCAAAAUAAACCAUUUUAUUUCAAAGAUUUCAUUUUUGCUGCGGCGUAGAGCUUGGUUAUCUUGUCAAAAUCGUGCCAGGAAGUUUCGAUUUAAUAAAUGUUAAAAAAAAAAAGAGCCAAUAACGACAGGGUUCUGGCCACUUCACCACUUUGUACUUUUGCGGUUCUAGUCGUUUUCUAGCCGUCUUUUUCAGGCGGAGAAAAGAAACCACUAUUCUUAAGACUAUGUGUCUUUUUCUGUAACCUGUCUUCUGGUGAUUUUGUACCUGCUUUCAAAGCCUUUGAUACCAACUAGUUUUUCUCUACUCUCGUCAUAACCCACUGUAAGAAAAUGUGGUUGUGUGACUCCGGCGCGUAGCAUCUGCCAGCCUGAGGCCUCUCUGAGUCAUUCUGGUUCAGUCAGGGGUGACAACUUAUUAUCUCUUAUACUUUGAUUGGCCCAAACAGGAAUUAGAAUCAGUGACAAUGGGAACACAGGGUCAUAUAAAUUGUUUAGACAAGAAACAAUAUAAUAUGUUAAAAUAAUUGUUCCUAUAUCAAUUUACCUCCAUAUUUCAUUAAAUUACUUCAUUACAGUGCUAAAUAAACUGAUAAGUAAUGGUUAUCGUUACAAAAUGUAAACCGAAUUGGUACGAAAUUGCAACAGAUGGGUACAAAUUUGGCAAGGGAGGGUUUUUUUUCCUCUCUCUGAGCGUCGCUGUGCAUGGCAAACAUUUGGAAACAUAUCUCAACAUAUCGCCGCAUACUGUAAAAACCCAAAACGGCGCAGAACCGAUUAGUUAAAUAACGCAGUCUCUGGAAGCUUUUUAAUCACCUUUAACUAAAACGUUCUUUUCUCGCCACACAAACAUAUCUAUCUAUUCCCGAAACGUUGCUUUCCCGCCCGUGGGAAUGUGGUACAACAUCCUCCAUCUCUCCGCGGUGCUUCUGCUUCGUCUCCACCAAUCUUCCUCCCCCUCAGACGUCGCUGCUCUCCAGACGUUAGCCACGGAGGACAGUCGUCUGCGUUGUCGUUGACUUUGCAGCAAUCCCUCAUACCGAGCAAGCACGUGGCGACAGUGGAGAGGAAAACUCCCCAUUUAACAGGAAGAAAUCUCCAUCAGAACCAGAACCAACGUUAACAGAAGACAUUUUGUGUAUUACCAUCAGUGAAGGGGGGAAGCUUUAGCAAAUGAGUGGGGUAACUUCACGAAGAGAAACCUUUCAUACAUGCUGUUUGGGUUUAACAGCUGUUUCACUCUGUGUAGGUCGCUAAAGCCACGUUAGUCAUUUUGCUGUUACAUGCAGGGUAAAAAAAACAAACAACUCAUGACAGAUCUAUUUUUUCCGUCCUAUUAUUCCAUAUAUAUUGACAUGCAGCUGAUUUGCGUUGCCAUAAAGUCCUCCUGUUCAGCGGGUCGUCACAGAGAGCUCACCCUCGCCUUGCGUUUGGAAGCAUGCGUUUGUGCAUUUCUCCGAGAAGCCGUCCGCUGUGAAUCCUAGCGGACGGCAGCUCAGGAUGCGUUGAAGGUACAGGCUUCGUUUUUUUUUUUUUUCCCUUUGUCGCUCCACGCUUUCCGAAGGCAGCCACUCUUGACUUAAGCUCUCAUUCUUGCCAAACCACGUGCACAUGAAGUGUAGCUGUAGCCCCCGAUGGACUCUUUGAAAAACAAACAAAGAAAACAAAAAAGACAAAAAAAAAAAAGAAGAGAAGAAGCCGAUUUUGUAUUUUCUGAAACUCGUGUGUAUUCAGCCUCGCAGGUGUUCCCGUUAAUACAGGAUCCCAACCAGUGCCAGUCAUGAUUUUUCGAAAAUCAACUUUUUCAAAAGCAAUCAAAAAAAAAAUAUAUAUAUAUAUAUUAUUUAGAUAUGUCUUCUUUUUCUAACUCAGCCUAAACUGUUUUAAAAGCAGUUGACCACUUAUUCAAAAACAACAUUCUUCUUCUCUUUGAUGAAUAUGGUGAAUUUUAAGGAAGCUCCUUGUUUUCUAUCUUGUCAUACACAAACCUUGAACUGAAUGACUGAAGCGUGUGCGCGUGAAUUUGUGUGUGUGUGUGUUUUUGUGGUAUUUUGUUGAUGGAUUUUAUUGCCAAUUAAUUUAAACCUUGUGUCACAGGUCAUUUAUUAAAAACAACCACUGCCCGCUAUUAUACUAAAGACACUAUGACCUCACUCUUAGUGUUUCUCCAUUUUCUUCACCUUCUAGAAAAAAGGGGGAAAAAGCAGGAAAUCCUUUGCCAACAAUUUAGCCCAUGUGAAAAUAUUAAGAGAACAGUUUUGCUUUAACUUCUAAACUGUUUUUUUCCCCCCAUCGAGUUGCUAAUUUUCCUCAGGUGUAUGAGUCAUAUUUAUUAUAAUUUUCCAGUAGAAAAAUAAGUCUACAGAGAUGGCAGUUACGGUAAGAGCACCUCCUCCGACCCCGCAAGCCUCCAGAAAAAGGGGGGAGGGACUGAAUUAUGCAAUAAAUUUGAUAUGCAAUAACACCACAAAUCAACAGUUCACGUCUGCUGAUCUUUUGUAGGAAAAUGCCUCUAAUAACAGAGAGAUGGUAUAAAGGGAGAACAGUGUAUUUUGUACAAAUAUUUUGAAAGUAUUAAAAUAAGUGUGUUAGAUGUGUACAUACAGCAGCUGAAUGGAUGGUGCAAAUGUGUUGUUGUUUUUGUCCCCCUCCCCCUGAAUAACUAAAUGAAUACAAUAUUAAUGCUAA